AUGCCACCAAAAUCUAAUAGAACACGAUGGCGUGGUGUUAGGGUAGAGGCAGAUGGAGCUCUGAUAGUAACGAAUCUUGAUCAAGAUAUAAUGGCAAGUUGGGAUGAGAGGAAAAUAGAUUUGUUUUGCUUACAGAAACUUCUUACAGCUGCAGAGAAUGGGAAUAUAAAAGAGGUAGAAUUAUGUGUAAAGAACAGAGCUAACUUGGAAUGUAGAAAUUCUAUUGGAUUGACACCAUUAAUGUUGGCAGCUAAGUACGGACACCUGGAGGUUGUGACUUACCUGGUCACUCACGGCAGUCAGUUAGAAGCUACAUCCACCUUGGCUGGAUUGACACCAUUAAUGUUGGCAGCUAAGUACGGACACCUGGAGGUUGUGACUUACCUGGUCACUCACGGUAGUCAGUUAGAAGCUACAUCCACCUUGACUGGAAUGACACCAUUAAUGUGGGCGGCUGUGAGAGGACACCUGGAGGUGGUGACUUACCUGGUCACUCACGGCAGUCAGUUAGACGCUACAUCCAAGUAUGGGGAAACAGCUUUACAUCAUGCUGCUCAGUUUGGAGGGAUUGAUGUAACAAAAUGUUUAGUAGAUCAAGGAUGCAGUCCUUGGGUGAAAUCAUUGGAGGGUAAGACUCCUUAUGAUCUGGUAAAAAUAGACAGCUAUGAUAAGGAAGAGGGAAAAAGGAAGAAGGAAGAAGUGAUGGACUUCCUCAAGCUUUCAUUGGUAGGACUGUAUAAAUUGAAAACUAAUAAAUUAAAGGGAGAUUUGCAUCCUUUACAGCUUUCAUUGGUUGGACUGUAUACGUCAGACCUCAGACAAUUCAAUGUAAUUACACCAAACCAGUCAUAUAAAAUUUAUAGGCCUAAGUCUGUCAAAGGAGGCUAUACAUGA